AUGCCCUCAGACAGUCCCCUAUCCGAAGAUUACUCCUGGCAAAAAGCAAAACCCCUCUGGAUCCUUGUCAUCGUGAUCGGUACCCUACUCGCCCUAUACAUACUGUACAAAAUCACACGCUGCAUACUCCGGCGCUGGGAAAACACUCACGCCCGCGUCUCCACCGCAGGGCCGUUGGGCGGUGACGCUGUCGAUUCAUCAACAACUACCCCACGGUGGGACGAUGCCAGGGCUAGGGAGAGACAUAGUGAUGGAGAGAUUACAAGACCCGCAACAGCGGUAACACGACAGAACAGUUCCAACUCUAUUCUACCAAGGUAUGAAAAGUUCGAUGAAGAUGGCAAGUGUAGGGAGGAAGUCAAGGUAGAGAAGAGAGGGCGGUAUACUUAUGCGCUGGGGGAGAGCAGAGGGGGUAUUCCAGAAAGCCACUAUGUCGGAAACAAGAUCUCUACGUCCCUCUACCUCUUCGAAACAUGCACACAAGAUCAAACCCGUUAUGCUACACUAGGACCUCUUGUACUUACGCCAUUCUUCAACGCGAAACCGCGCCCGCGUUUGACCUUCUACUUUGACCGUCCAAGGAGUUCGUUUGUUCGAACAAGAGCAGUGGGGCAAGAGAAUUAA